UGCUGAUUACAUCUAAUCUUCUUCAUCACCAAACAUCACAACAUGGUUCGUUGCAGUAACAGCCUCGUAGGCAUACUCAACUUCUUCGUCUUCCUCUUGUCCAUUCCCAUUCUCUCCAGCGGAAUCUGGCUCAGCCUCCAUGGCCACACGCAGUGCGAGAGGUUCUUCGACAAACCCAUGAUCGCUCUCGGCGCUUUUCUCAUGGUUGUCGCACUCGCAGGAGUCAUAGGAUCUUGCUGUAGAGUUUCGUGGCUCCUAUGGUUUUACCUUUGCGUGAUGCUCUUGUCAAUCAUCGUGGUCCUUUGUUUCACCAUCUUCGCCUUUGUCGUCACCAAUAAAGGCUCUGGCGAAACCAUCCCCGGAAAGGUUUAUAAGGAGUAUAGACUCGGUGACUACUCUGAGUGGUUGCAGAAGCGUGUUAACGACAAUCAUCAUUGGAAAAACAUUAGAAGCUGUCUUUACGAGGACAAAUUCUGUAAUCGCUUGGAGUUCUUCUCAGCUGGUAGAUAUCCUAAUGCUUCUGAGUUCUCCAAGAAGGAUCUCAAUUCUCUUGAGUCUGGUUGCUGCAAGCCCUCUAAUGACUGUAACUUCACCUACAUAAGCCCAACAACUUGGAACAAGACAUCAGGAACAUAUAAAAACCCAGAUUGCAACACUUGGGACAGCGAUAACAAAAAGCUCUGCUACGAUUGCCAAUCAUGCAAGGCCGGUUUUAUCGACAACCUCAAGACCUCAUGGAAACUAGUUGCUAUUGUCAACAUCGUCUUCCUUGUAGUCCUCAUUAUCGUCUACGCUAUGGCAUGUUGCGCCGUCAAGAACAACAAGGAUGACAACAGUUAUGCGCAGUUCUAAAGAGUGGGAGUUUGAGUUCUCGUUUUAUUAGAGUAAAAAUCUUUCAAAUAAUUCUAGAAUCAGAAGAAAUAAAAUAAUAUCGAGUCAGUUUAGUUGUUGAUGUUUUGGAUUUCUUCAGUUGAUUUGUGUUUGGACAGAAGGGGAUUCUCUAAAUCUUUAUUACAGUUUGUUGUGUUUGAAGAAUC